AAAAUCCAGGCUUGGACCAACUCUGCCCCUAUAACAGAGGGAACAACAAAACACUAACUCACUAACUGUAGUGGGGGGUUCUGGCUGCUGCCUCCUGCAUUCAAGAGGUCCUUAAUUAGGACACAGUAUGGUGACUCCAACCCUAUAGCCUGAUGCAGCUCAGUGAAUUGUGCCUACCUAAUCCUAGCUCACAGGAUCCCAUCAGAAGGCCUGAGGUAGUACCUUGCAGGACUUCAUGAGUUUUAUCUAUUGUGUGAAAAAGAGGGAAAGGGGAACUGCAGGCAGAAGUCAAGGCUGGAUGUGUCAUAUCCAGCAAGUAAGACUUCCAAAGUUUGGUAUAGGCUCUGGGUGAGCUAUGUCAGAUAUCCUUUUUCUGAAGUCAGCUUAACUUUUUUGAAAGCCGGGUCAACCCCUACUUGGAUUAAUUAAUUUCCUAAGUUACGUCUAGUAAAAGUUCUGAUUACCAUAGAGCAAAAGUGAGCAUUUUCUUGAUAAAGAUGGCAUGCAUGGGCAAGAUUUACUCUGCAAGUUAUGAAGACUGUGGAGGUGACUAGUUGACAGAGCUCGACAGAUGCUCUCUUCCACUUGAGAGUCUUACUGAAUACUUUUAAAUAGUAGAUUAAAAACCCCGAAACCUCAAAUAUUAAGGCUUUGGCAAUACUUCCAACUACUAUUACAGAGAAUCUCCCAAAUCUUUUGUUGAAGCAAAUGACGGCAGGGAGCCCAGCAGAUCCCCUUUGGCAGCUGGAAAGUGUCUCGUACAACGUGCCAUGAUGCCAUGCAGAGGAAGUGGCUACAAGGACUGUGUUCAGCUACUCGUGUCUCUGCUUCGACACCUGCAAAGAGGGAUUCGUGCCCAUGAGAGUGUUGAACAUUACAACAGAGUCCAAACUAAGAGAGGCCAAACUUGAUUACCCUUCGGUGGCAGCGGCGACAAACGCCCUUCUUACUGCUGACAUUACAGACAAGCAUGAGGGAAGGCAAAGCGGCUGCCGGCUUUCUGCCCCUGACUCACAGAGGUCACAGCCGCUCAGAUGUAACAGAUCGCCUUUGUUAAUGCCACGUCGGGCACCCACAGCCCCUGGUGCCCAGCGGAUGGCACAGCCCGCCUCACGCCGGGCUCUCCCCGUUCGGGGCGGCGAUUUACCAGCAGGCGGGCGGCUCUGCCCCGCAGCGCCCAGAUGAGGGACCGGACCCUCCCCGCUCUGUCUGUCCGUCCGUCCGUCCCGCCCGGGGUGGAGCCUGCCCGCCCGGGGCUGCGGUGCUGCUGGGGGCGGCGGGCCCGUCCCACAUAUAACCCUGCCGCGCUGCCGCUAAUUCCCACCGCCUCCCGCUCCGCCUGCCUUCGGCGCUCCGUGCCAUGGCUCGGCGCCUCAGCCCGGCCAGCUGAGUCCCGGGAGCCGCCGCGUCCUGCGGGAACCGAGCCGGCCGUGACUCCGCGGCCUUGUCUCCGGCCUGCUGCCCUUCCACCGCUGCGCCGUCCCGCUCCGCCCGGGACAGAAGGCACCGUCCUGCCCGAGUGUGCAUAAAGCCCGCCUUCCCCUUCCCUCGCCGCGAUCGCACCUUCCCGCCUCCUGCCCCGGGGCCGGGCGGGCUCGCACCCCGCGCUCCGCCGCCGCCGCCGUCCCCGCCGAGGAUGCGGGUGUCGCUGCUGAGCCCGCUGCUCCUGCUGUCCCUCAGCGCCGGCCCGCACGCCGCGGAGCUCUCGUUCGGCCGCGCCAAGUGCCCGGCCCGCUGCGAUGUCUCCACGUGCCCCAGCCCCAGCUGCCCCAGCGGGUACGUCCCCGACCGCUGCGGCUGCUGCCUCAUCUGCGCCGCGGGCGAGGGGGACUCCUGCGGCCGCAAGGAGGACCCGCCCUGCGGGGACAGCCUCGACUGCCGCUACCCCAUGGGCAAGCGCUUCGCCAAGGGCGUCUGCCAGUGCAAGCUCAGCGCCCAGGUGUGCGGCAGCGACGGCCGGACCUACGACAACAUCUGCCAGCUGAAGGCGGUGAGCCGCAAGGCGCUGCAGCACGGGCUGCCCGCCGUCGCCCAGGUCCAGAAGGGAGCCUGUGAAUCGGGUCACCUACAGUCCAGCAGCCCAAGAUACAAAUUCAACUUCAUAGCUGAUGUGGUGGAAAAGAUUGCACCUGCAGUUGUGCACAUUGAACUUUUCCUCAGGCACCCUCUCUUUGGUCGAAAUGUCCCCCUUUCCAGUGGAUCUGGGUUUAUUAUGUCUGAUUCUGGUUUAAUUGUCACCAAUGCCCACGUGGUGUCAAGCACAAAUGCAAUAUCAGGCAGACAACAGCUGAAGGUACAGCUCCAGAAUGGAGAUACCUAUGAAGCAACUAUCAAAGACAUUGACAAGAAAUCUGACAUUGCAACAAUAAAGAUUCACCCUAAGAAAAAAUUACCAGUAUUGUUACUGGGACACUCAGCUGAUCUGAGGCCAGGAGAAUUUGUGGUGGCAAUUGGAAGUCCAUUUGCCUUACAGAACACUGUGACCACAGGUAUUGUCAGCACUGCUCAGCGAGACGGCAAAGAGCUGGGCCUGCGGGACUCGGACAUGGAUUACAUCCAGACAGAUGCCAUUAUUAAUUAUGGCAACUCUGGAGGACCUCUAGUUAAUCUGGAUGGUGAAGUGAUUGGGAUUAACACUUUGAAGGUCACAGCUGGAAUUUCUUUUGCAAUUCCUUCAGACCGUAUCACUCAGUUUCUCACAGAGUCACAUGACAAACAAAGUAAAGAUGGGAAGAAACGUUUCAUUGGCAUCAGAAUGCUGACAAUAACACCUGCCUUGGUGGAGGAACUGAAGCACAGUAAUGCUGAUUUUCCUGAUGUCAGAAGUGGAAUUUACGUACACGAAGUAGUUCCAAACUCACCUUCUCAUAGAGGAGGGAUCCAGGAUGGAGAUAUCAUUGUGAAAGUCAAUGGGCGUCCUCUGGUGACUUCCAGUGACCUGCAGGAGGCUGUGAUGAAUGAAUCACCUCUACUACUUGAAGUUCGAAGAGGAAAUGAUGACUUGCUAUUUAACAUUGAGCCUGAAGUUGUCAUGUAAAUAGAAUUGAGGGAACUCUCACCAUAAGUAAACUCACUUACUCUGGAACACUAGAUACCUCCUUUACAGCUACAGUAAUUAUACUUCCUCUUGACUAAUGACAAGGUGGACUAACUUAAUUGCCUGAGCCAUUUCUGUACAUAGUAGCUAGAAUCACUUCUAAGAUGCCAUUUAUAGAAGAUUUAAAUUUCAAAGAAACUUAAGAACUGUGUUCUGGGAAGGAGAAAAACUGAUUUUGGGUAGCUUGUAGAAAUGGGUCCCACUUCCUGUAGAUGUAGAGCAGAUUCAAUUCUGCAUAUGGAAAGAUCCAAAUACUACUGGAAGUGAGGAAGUAUAUACAAGAGGGCGUUAUUCUUAAACUACAAUCGUGGCUGCAGCAGACCCAAGUUAUUGCAAUGCAAAAUUGAGCUGGUUUUUUUUUUUUUCCUUUUAUGUAACUUCUGCAAUGUUACAGGUUCAUUAAUGAACCUAUUAUUGGCAAAGCUUGUUCUUAGUGCUUCUAUGCUCCAUGUCGAUGCAGGUAGAUGAAAUCUGUAAAUAUUGAAAGGAACAAAAAUGGUGUCAGGCUAUAGAGUGUUACACCUAGGUCAUGCGAUUUUUGGAAUAUAGUAAAUGAUUCUUAUAGAAUUAAUGCCUUAUAUAUAAAUCAAAACGAUGUGCUGAACAAAGUUAAGUUUGAGAAAGUGCACAAUUUUUUAAGAAUUUUAUACAAACUUGUUUUGCAUUUUUACUGGUAAGCUUUGCUGUAAAAUUGUUACACUACUUUUGGCUUUGACUGUGUAUGUUUCUACUGUAAGGAGAUUAAAGUUUACACAAAUAAUCUGUUGAUGUAAACCUCUUUUUAA